CCCACUUAGUUCACUUUUUCACUCUCAUUUUUCUCUUUCUUAAUCCAAAUAUGUUAAAGCCACCCAACGUGUCCCUCAUCUUUCAGCAUUAAUCUUAAAAAACUGUAUCACUGUUCCUAGUUCCUUCCUAUGAUACUAUAAUACUAAUGUUUUCUUUAACAAGUAGCACUGAAGUUGUUUGUAGGUAGGACCAAACCAACCCAAAGGGAUAUACUAACGUACGCCACAGGGACAGUUAACUUAUUAUAAGCCCACAAACAAACCAAGCCUUUUUUUUUUAACUCACAACACAGCACCAAUAGAAGCAGUGACACUUUUCUUUGUCUCUCACAAAAAUGGAUAAUGGUUGCUUCUCUUCCCCUCGACGUGAUUUUCCUGCUGGCUUGAGAGUUCUUGUUGUGGAUGAUGAUCCAACGUGGCUCAAGAUCCUUGAGAAGAUGCUCAAGAAGUGCAAUUAUGAAGUGACUACAUGUUGUUUAGCAAGGCAUGCUCUAAACUUGCUUCGUGAAAGGAAAGAUGGAUAUGAUAUAGUGAUCAGCGACGUAAACAUGCCUGACAUGGAUGGUUUUAAACUUCUUGAGCUUGUUGGGCUUGAGAUGGAUCUUCCUUUCAUUAUGAUGUCUGUUGAUGGAGAAACAAGCAGGGUCAUGAAAGGCGUUCAACAUGGAGCAUGUGAUUAUCUCCUUAAGCCUAUUAGGAUGAAAGAGCUGCGAAACAUAUGGCAACAUGUCUUUAGAAAAAGGAUACAUGAGGCAAGAGAAUUUGAAAGUUUUGAGAGUUUUGAGAACAUUCACUUGAUGAGAAAUGGAUCAGAGCAAUCAGAUGAUGGGAACUUGUUUGCUGUGGAAGAUGUGACCUCAACAAAGAAAAGAAAAGAUGCAGAUAACAAACACUAUGACAAAGAAUGUUUGGAUCCAUCUUUCACUAAGAAAGCUAGAGUAGUCUGGUCUGUAGAUCUUCAUUAGAAGUUUGUUAAAGCUGUGA